AUGAGUGCGACAACACGUACUGGUCUAAUACCUACGCCGAAAAGGCAUGUCAAGUAUCUCAAAAAGCGCAAAAACCUACAUGGAGAUGUAUCGCGAAUGCCACUCAAGUUUGAGGCCACUCCCAUGCCGCUUUCCCUGCGUCCUUUCGGCGGACUCUUCAAUCCAUUUGCAAAAGGAUGCUCCGUACUUUGUAAUCAUCCGGCUCCUUCGGGGGUCAAAGAUGUGAUUAAUCAGCUGAAGACAUCGCUGGCCAUCGAGGGAAAGAAUCCUAAGCCGGAAAAGGUGCCCGAGGAGGAACAACUGCAGCCUCAUGAGGCGGAUAACAUUCCGGAGGAUCUGUUCCGGCGAUAUGCAGAAACCGAUUCUCGCCCCAUGACACCCACUCCCACGGUCACCAGUAUCCAUACGAGGACCAGUGCCGGAUCCUUUUAUCGGCGAUGCAUCACUCCGGAGUGGGGGAAACAUGAGAACAUUAAGAGGAAAAAAAUCAUUUUGGAUCUGAGGAGAUCCCAUUCCCAGGAGACCGUGUACUGGAAGCCCAGCUCGGACUUGACUCAAAGCGGAUUAGAGGAGGAUAAGAAGCCCAAAAGUGCUGGGGCCAACGAGGACAAGAAGCCAAAGCGACAGCCGUCCAAUGAGCAGCGACCGAAGUCCUCCCUAGCAACGGCUAGUCUAGCUCCCGGAGGAGAUGCUGGAAAUGAGAUGGAACCCAAGCCGAAAACCUGCAUCAACGAACACGAACUGAGUGAUGAGGAUGUGCGAAGAGGAAAAAAGAGAAAGAAGUUAAAGCCAACGCAAGCCACAACCACAUUCCAUCUGAGUGAGGACCCUGAGACUCAGGUGGCUGCUCUGGGACCCGAUUCCCUUAAUCCCAGCACCAGACCCAGCCUGAUUCCCAACUCCCUCACCUUGCUGCCCAAGGAUAAGCGCGAUAGUGAACGAGAACCCAUCCUCUUAAAAGGAAGUUUCCUUACCGAUGAGGCAUUUCAGGCUUUGAAAACCGAUCUGGACGUCGAUCUUAUAGAGAAUACCUUUGGCAGAUAUCUAAAUCGGGCUCUUAAAGAAGCCAUUAAGUAUAUGCCUCCAAAACCGAAAACUGUAAUAAAAACCAACGAGGAAAAGGUUCCCCCAGAAAAACAAUCCAAAAUGCCCCGAAAGUUUUCCAAAUCUGCCACAAGAUUUGAUGUUCCAAUGGAUCUAUCUAUGAUGAAAAAUAUGACUCCUUGGGAUUAUCUGAGCAAAUACGUCUGGGUUUCCCAACAAAGGAAGCAGCUCUACAAGCGGGUCUUUCUGAAAUAUCUCAGUAAAGUUGAGGAGCCCGAAAGUGAGCUCGGUGUUCUCGGAAAUGAUGAACUGCCUGAAUAUAGAUACAAGGAACGCACUCUUGUUUGGCAAAGUCUGCCCCAAGCUCUGGAGGAUGUCCUCGAAUUCCAUGGCACUGAAAAGAAUGUCCAAGGCACUCUUAGUGUCUUGGGAUACGAUCCGCAUGGAUCAGGGGAUUUGGAUUUCCGCGCCUGGUGUGGAAUUGUUUCCUUUGCUGAGAGACUGGCACUGGCCGAUGAAUCCGGAUCGGAAGACUCCUGCGAUGAGCUGGAGAAGGCGGACUUUAAUAGCAUGGAACAGAUUAUGUCAGACUUUGAAGUUCCUGAAAAACUGAAACUAAUUUUUGAUAUAAUUCGAAAAACUCAUAAAGUGAGGUAUUAA